CACCCACCCACCCCACCCCCCCACCUUCCCCUCCUUCUCUCGCUCUCUCUCUCUCUCUCUCGAAGUUUUUGCUAUAUUUUUGCUUAAUAACUACAGUAAUGGAGUCUUCCCAACUCUUUGGAGGACCAGAAGAGUGUAACAGCAGUGAAUCUGGGUGGACUAUGUAUCUUGGCUCCCCCAUAGAUGGUGAUGAUGAUGAUGAUCAGCAUGGCAACAAGGAUGAGGAUGAUGAGGAUGAUGAUGAUGAUGAUGAUGAUGGUGAUGGAGGUAAUGGUAAAAAUUACCAUCACGAAGAUCACAGUGAUGAUUCUAUGGCUUCUGAUGCUUCUUCUGGUCCAAGUCAUCAAGGAACAGCUCAUGACAAGCUCCAGAAAGAUUUUGAUGGCAAGCAUCUCCCCGAGAAGAAACAUAACAAAAAAGAAGCAGAGAAUCAGCAGAAAACUGAAAGGAGGAGGAAAAAGAUCAAGAAGUGGGAUUUAUGGCAGGAAGAUCAUAAUAAAAAUGCUUCUGCUCAAAGUACUUCCAAGGCAAGAGAAAGCAUAAGCUGGAUGGGAAAAAGAAAAUAGCUCUCUAGAAUAUUGUUUUUCCUUAUCCAGUGGUUAUUUGCAAGACCUGAUCUACUGUGUAAUGAAGACAUAAUAUGUAUGCAUGGAACUCAUCUCAUAUGUUUAUAUUUUACAUUCAUCUGGACAAGAAUUAAUGAAUAUAUAUAUGCAUGUAGGUUUCAGCUGAAAAUGCAGUAGAUCAGAGAGAAGUGUCAAAAUAGCUAGCUAGAUUAAUUUUGACUGUUAUAUAUUAAUUAUGUGCUUCCUAAUUUCUGAUAUUGUAGAAGUUGAAUCAAGAAGUAUAAUGAUCAGAUUUCCACUGA